AUGUAUGGGAUCAGAAAAUACGGUCGGAAGAUACAAAAUGCGCUUGCCGGAUAUUCGCAUAUAGAUAAUUUGAUCCGUCAAGCGACAAAUACCGACACUUGGGGGCCGACGACAGAACAAAAAAAACAACUUUUACGGUAUAUAUUGACGUACUCCGGCAGUCAAAAUGAAUCAUACUACAACGACAUUGAUCUUUCAGGCCACAUUGAUCCCGCCACGACUCAUGAAAUAUCCCAGUAUGUGGUGAAUUUCAUCGUGAGCCGGAUUAGGGAAUACUCGGUGCAUCAACACGGAAGUAGCAUCUAUGAGAAGCUCAAGAAGAACCUUGUGGUGAAGGGAUACGAGUUUCUCAUAAUUGUGAAGUGUCUCAACUUGUUGGAGUACCUAGUGUUGAACUGCUACCGCGCAAAUAGGGGCCAAAUCACGUAUGACAUUGCAGAAGACAUAAAAAUGCACACCAGUGUGUUUGAGAGCUUGAAACAGUACAAAGCGAAAAUAUGCUACGAUGGGUUGGUGAUGGUCCACGAGAAGCAGGUGCACAGUUUGGCACAAAGGCUGUUGGAAUUGCUUUCGAAUGAGGAUUUACUAGCAGAGGAAAGAUCAAAGCUGAGGCCCACCGAAAAGAGAAUUGCCUCACAGGGUCUUAUUUCAACAGACAGCACGGUCAAGGCUCACCGGAAUCCGUUUGGUCGGUCACGUGUGUCCUCAGUUUCCAACAGUGUCAAUAAGAUAAUCUCGGGAAGCCACCAUUCACGAGGCUCAUCGAGAAAUGUUCAUCUUCCGGAAAAUCGCACCUCUCGAUACACGAAUGACUACAAUUUCAACGAUCCGAGACUCCGGGAGGACAAAUUUCCAGGAUCUACAUACGCAUCGUAUGCUGAAGAUGCCGCUUUGGGACACAAUGGGGUUGAGGAGACCCCAAAUGCUGCUAAUUCUACAGAAAGCAGUUUUGCCGAAGAAAUCGGAGAGACACAGGAGGAAAACGUGUGGGCUGAUGAGUUUGGAAGCCUGCAAAAGGCACCAGAGUCGCAAAAUAAGAAGAAGGAACUGCAGGAGCUGCCUUCACCUGCUGUUGAUCUACUUUCCUCGUUGGGAAUAGAUGAUUUCGGUGAAUACGAGACUGGAAAAUCGGCAAAUGUGCACAUUCCGAUCACCAACAACGAAGAGAAAAGUGUUAAUGGUAGUAAGACUACAGACAGUACUUUGGUGAGUGGUGGAAAGAAGAAGGAUGAUCUGUUUGGUGAUCUUUUAGUGGAUUUCAAGACGCAGAAGUAG